AGGCCGGAGGAAGAUGGCGGUGUGGGCGAGGUGAGGUGUAGACAGCAGACUGGGGUUCAGGCGUGGGGAGCAGGGGGACGCGGAGGGAUGGCUCGCGGCGGCCGCAGGGGUAGAUAAAAAGCCAUCUCGCGGCGGGUGUGGGAGGGAGGGUAGGACAGCCUGGCGCCACGAGAGUAUGACGGGGCUGUAUGAGCUGGUGUGGCGGGUGCUGCACGCUUUGCUCUGUCUGCACCGCACGCUCACCUACUGGCUCCGCGUUCGGUUCGGCACCUGGAACUGGUUCUGGCGGCGCUGCUGCCGCGCCGCAUCCGCCGCGGUCCUAGCGCCGCUCGUCUUCACGCUCCGCAAGCCCCCGGCUGUAGGCAGAAACCGCCGUCACCACCGGCACCCGCGAGGGGGGCCGGGCCUGGGCGCCCCCCAUCCCCGGCUGCGCUGGCGGGCGGACGGCCGUUCCCUGAAGAAACUCCCGGUGCACAUGGGCCUGGUGAUCACCGAGGAACAGCAGGAGACCAGUUUCUCGGACAUCGCAAGCCUCGUGGUGUGGUGCAUGGCUGUGGGCAUCUCCUACAUUAGCGUCUACGACCACCAAGGUAUUUUCAAAAGAAAUAACUCCAGGUUGAUGGAUGAAAUUUUAAAACAACAGCAGGAACUUCUGGGCUUAGAUUGUUCGAAAUACUCAACAGAGUUUGCAAAUAGUAAUGACAAAGAUGAUCAAGUUUUAAAUUGCCAAUCAGCGGUGAAGGUCCUGUCCCCAGAAGAUGGAAAAGCAGAUAUUGUUCGAGCUGCGCAGGAGUUUUGCCAGUUGGUAGCCCAGCAGAAGCAAAAACCCACAGACUUGGACAUACCGAUGUUAGACAGUUUACUUAGUUCAAGUGGGUUUCCUGAUCCCGAUGUAGUAUUGAAGUUUGGGCCCGUGGAGAGCACAUUAGGCUUUCUUCCCUGGCACAUCAGAUUGACUGAGAUUAUUUCUUUGCCUUCCCACCAAAACAUCAGAUAUGAGGACUUUUUCUCAGCACUUUGUCAGUAUGCAGCGUGUGAACAGCGUCUGGGAAAGUAGUGAUCCCUGGUUGCAUAAUACGACUUCGGGCUUUGGAGAAAAGGACCCAAGUGACUGAUGUUUACAAAGCACCUACGAAACCCUGUACACAUCUAGUUCAUAAUCCUCAUAAUUUAUCAACAAACACAAAAAAGUGUCUUACUUGAGAGUAAGUAUGUGUGAGUGUAUGUGCGCGUGCGUGCGUGUGUGUGUGUGUGUGUGUGGAAAUAAACUUACAAAUGGGAAGUGGUGGAGAAGGGAGUGCGUGGACUUGCACCUGUAAGCAAAUAGCAGUGAUGUUGUAGGAGCUGAAUUUUCAGCUUUAAAAAGGCUUCAGCCCCACCUACUUCCCUGCUUUUUCAGGGAGAGGAGUGGGUGUUUAGAGCUGUUUGAUGAUUAUUUGGGGGGGAGGGGAAUCUUUUUUUUUUUUACUCCUUCCUGGUGACCAAACUUUAAUUUUUAAGAAUAAUAUUUGACUUAUUAAAUGGAAGCUUUCUAAGUUUGAGGGAUGUCUGGAGGAAUGGAGUUCUGCAUCGUUCACAUGUUAAACACUUGCUCACCUUUGGAGCGGAGGGAACACCUGUUUUCAGAUAUCCGUCCAUUUUCAUCUCAUCGUUGUCAGACAGUGUGUCUUGGGCAUAUUGAUCUGCUGUCUUUGUUCUGGGGCAUGAGAAUCAUCUGGAAAAGAACUCUUACAGCACUGAAAUGCAGAAUUUUAAAAAAUAAAUAUGACGCAGUCCAAAAAAGGUGAAGAAGUUGUAACCUUAAAAGUAAAGGUAGAAAGUUUCCUAAAAAAAGAAAGAAGGUUUGGAUUUUCUUUUUUUUGUUUGAUGGGCAGUGUGCUACAUAGUAUCCAAAGUUGGUUUAAAAAUGCUGCCAUUAACUCUGUUUAUUUAAAAUAAAUAUUUGAGGGAAGUUACAAGGCAGCUCGUUUCCUGAGAGGUACCUGUCCUCUGGUACAUGUAGGACCACGGCAGCACCCGGGACUUGCACUCAGUAAAUCCCGAGUAGGAGUGAUGGGCGUAACAGAUCGCUAAGUAAGGCUGAAGCCUGUGUGGGUAGUAGAACAUCACCAAAGGCUACAAAAGUAAAUUAAUUUUACACGUUCUCUUUCAUGACAGCAGAGAACAGCACUGGUUCUGUUAUUUUUUAGAUGAAUAAUUUUUGAUAGAUGUUUCAUAUUUCUUUCCUCACUGAUGAUCCUUGGACAGAAACCAUUCUUUAUAUUUGGACUGUUUCAGAAAAAUCUUAUCAACACGUGUAUAAUAAUUACCUAAAAUUGUACGUUUGGAAUGGGGAAGUUUAAAUACUAGGUCUCAGAAGUCUGAAAAAUAGAAGGGAUAACUGGAUUUGUAAAGCGAGGUCUGGAAUUGCUUGUCAGAUUCUGAAGAUAUGAAGAAUAAAUGUUUCAAUUUUAGAUUACAAAACCCCAUUUAUGAUUUUAAAAAUAUACUUGAAAUAAAACGAUUAAAUUUUGAUUUAGUGACAUUACUUUGCACUUCAGAAUUCUUCGUACAUUGUAAGACUUUUUUUUUUAAGUCAGCUGAUUGCCUAAAGUUUUGUGUGAAGCUACAGCACGUCUCUAAGCUUUACCAGAGAUUUUUUAUUUCUGUUCCCUGUACUGUGAUCCAUAUCCUGUUGAGGCUUUUCUUGGAGGGCCUUAGUUUAAGACUGAAUUUAUGCCUUUUAUAAAUACGUGUCUUUUUUAAACAUUCUGGAAUAUGUAUAGCUUUAAUGAAUUACAUUUUGGGCCCAACUGAAGUGAUUUAAUAUUUGUAAAAUGAAAUUAGUAAAAUAAAUUGCCCACUGGAAUAUAGCCAAAGUUGCUGAAGGUUUAGUAGUUGUCUUUGUACUUUAUUUUCAUCCAUUUUAUAGCAGGGUAGUGUUACACGUCUGAGUAAAUCUAUAACCUGUGACCUGAGUCUGUUAUAGUCCUGGGGAGAGUCCCUUAAAGUAAGUCAGUAAAGAUUCUGAAUUCAGAUAGAGGCAUUCCAGACACUUCUUACGAGUUCAGUUACUAGUACGAUCUCCACAACUUGAAUGGCAUGGGUCAUUCUGUAAUUCCUGCCAAAAUUAUCACUACUUAUGCAUUAUCAGGGCUUCCUUAGUGCUCCCAAGAAGAAAUGAAAUUUUUAAGUGUGUUUUGUUUUUAUGUCUUUUGGGGGAUAUUAUCUUUAAAUUGUUCCUACUUGACAUUCCCCCGCAAUGGAAAAGUUAUCAAAUUAAACCUAUACUGUGAGCGGCAGCUUGGAGCAUAGCAAGAAGUCAGAGGGUUUGAAUUCCAGUCCCAAUUCUGGUUUGGUUUGGUUUGGUUUGGUUUCUUAAAAGGGAUCACUGUUAAAGAGUUUGAAAGCUGGUUUGGAUGUGAGUAGCCAGUUGUGGUACAUUGUUACUAAGACUUAAUAAUGCCUGUUAAAAGAGAGACUUGUCGGUCAGUGCCAAACACACUGUGCAUAUCUACAGUUACUCUUUGAAUGUACGUUACUUGACAGCUCCCUCCCGUUGUGUGACGGACGGCACCGUGUAGAGUCAAGUCCCUGUGAUGUUUGUAUGGCUGUAGGCUUUGGUGACAUGUAAAUAAUGUGUAAAGCAAGUUUUUAUGAUUAAGGAAUCAAAUUUAUUGAAUUUUAUGAUUGAAAUUUGAAAUUUAACAUGUAUGAACAAAAACAAUAAAAGAAUAUACUCUUUUCAUGGACUAUA